AUAUCAGAUAAUUAUGAGUUAUUUAUUAUUGAUUUAGGAUUAUGUAAACCUAUAAGUGAUUUACAAUAUUCUGAUAAUAAAGUGAAUAAAAUUUAUGGAGUUUUACCUUAUAUGGCGCCCGAAUUAUUAAGAAAAAAAGCCUAUACUACAGCAAGUGAUAUUUAUAGCUUUUCAAUGAUAAUGUGGGAAUUUAC